GUUCAUAAAAAUUCGCACUCCCGUGCUAGCGACGUGCUCGGCAGUCCGGGUGCAACCUGGCCUAUGGCUUUGUAGCUCAUGGCGUACAGCGGGGAACGUUUGGAAAAGGGUCAAGCGUGGAGAGGGUCGCUAGCCCGCAGUCCUUGCCCAAGGACGAAUAUGUAUAUAAAGUCUGCAGGACUUCGGACUUGAUCUACCAUCUCAACAUUCCUGACAACUCAACAUAAAAUGACGACCACUGCGGAACGACGAACCAGUGGUGCUACUGCCAACGAAAAGAAUGUCGACCUCAAACACCAACCCGUCGUUGGAUCUGACGAAGACGCUCACCAUGCCGCUGUCGACGAGAAAAACAUGCCCGUCUUGAAGAGCAUCAAGCUCUACCCGAAGGCCGUGGGUUGGUCCGUCGUUUUCUCCAGUGCUUUGAUCAUGGAAGGCUACGAUCUUGCACUUUUGGGCAGCUUGUACGCGAACAAUAUGUUCAAAAAGAAGUAUGGUGUUCUGAACCCUGCGACGGGCAAGUGGAGCGUUCCUGCUAGUUGGCAGUCGGCUUUGUCCAACGGCGCACGCGCUGGCGAAGUCAUUGGCCUCAUUCUCAAUGGGUUUAUCAGCGAGCGUUUGGGUUUCAGGAAGACCAUGAUUGGAGCUCUCGUCGCCAUGACGGCGUUCAUCUUCAUCCUAUUCUUCGCACCGAAUGUGCAGACCCUCGUUAUUGGCGAAGUGUUUUGCGGCAUUCCCUGGGGCAUGUUCCAAACUCUCGCGCCGCAAUAUGCUUCGGAAGUUGCGCCGGUAACGCUGAGGCCUUAUUUGACUACCUAUGUGAAUAUGUGCUGGGUCAUGGGACAGUUCAUCGCCGCUGGCGUAAACCGUGGCUCCAUCACCCGUGACGACCAAUGGGCUUACCGCAUCCCUUUCGCAAUUCAGUGGAUUUGGCCAGUGCCCAUCAUCAUCGGUUGUCUGCUCGCCCCGGAGAGUCCUUGGUGGCAUAUCCGUAGAGGCGACCGAGAGGGUGCGCGUGCAGCUCUUCUGCGUCUUACGUCGCCCGAGAAGAACCCUGAUUUCAACCCCGACGAGACCAUUGCCAUGAUUGAGCACACCAAUGAGAUGGAGAAACGUAUGGCUGAGGGAACACGGUGGCGCGACUGUUUCAAGGGCGUUGAUCUCAGACGAACCGAAAUCGUGUGCGGUAUCUGGCUUGCACAAACGAUUUGCGGUCAGAACAUCAUGGGAUACUUUCCCUACUUCAUGAAACAGGCCGGCCUCCCAUCCGUUCAAUCUUUCAACUUGUCCAUGGUAUCUCUCGCGCUCGGCAUGGUGGGUACCAUGGGCUCCUGGUUCCUCAUGUCCAAGUUCGGUCGCCGCACCAUCCAUCUGUCCGGCGCCUGCGCCCUCUUCCUCCUCCUUAUUACUGUGGGCUCAAUGUCUUUCGCCGGGACCCAAGCUUCGCUCUGGGGCAUCGGCGCCGUCCUCAUCUGCUUCGUCUUCAUCUACGACUUCACCAUCGGCCCCAUUACCUACAGCAUCGUCAGCGAAAUGAGCAGCACCCGCCUCAAGGCCAAGACCAUCGUCCUGGCCAGAGCCUUGUACAACCUCAGCAACAUCGUCGUCAACGUCCUGACGAAUUACCAGCUCGGCGAGGCGGAUUGGAACUGGGGUGCGAAAACGGCUUACUUCUGGGCGGGGACCUGUGGGUGUGUAUGCAUUUGGGCGUUCUUUCGGUUACCGGAGCCGAAGGGAAGAACCUACGGCGAGCUCGAUUUGCUUUUCGAGCAGCGCGUUUCAGCGAGGAAGUUUGCGAGCACGAAGGUGGAUCCUUUUGGACAUGGGAAUGGGCUUGAGAAUAAAGAGGUGGUGAAUGAGAAGGAGUAUGAAAAGUAAACGAAAUUAGCCUCCUGUUUUACGAUAUCCCAAUGUAUUUGUUUGCUUUG